AUGUCUUCGCUCCUGGCGGACGAGCACUCGACCCAGCGGCCUCGAGAACCAGAGCCUAAAUGCCCCAUCGACACCUUUCAGUUACGUCGCAACAUUGCGGGCGUGGACACUGAGCUACUCGUUCAAACGUUUGACGAUCGGAUACUUGUCCUCAUUACGCAGAAUGGCAAAGUUGGACCUCUGGCCUCGCUGCCUCCUGUCGUCGAACUCCAGCCGCCGCCGUCGGAAGAGACUCCGACUGGAUUAUCUGCCCUCCCUCCUCCGCCGUCGUCGAUCCACCUGACCCCGUUGCUCGGUUCUCCGGUCGACACCGCUCUGCACGACCUCUACGUGUCCCAGAUUGCGACUCUCAUUUGGUGGAGUCUACAGCUUUCGCAUGCCACGAGAAGAAACGUCAUCGUGGGCCUGACGCUGGCGAAGAGAAAGGUGGAGGCAGUUGACGAAGCGGAGCGUGAACGAUUUGGUUGCAUCGCGAACAUGGUUGCCGCGUGGCCUGGACCCAAGUAG